AUGGAGGAAGAUUUUGCCGUAAGUCCGGUGGCGCUCCUCGAGUACAUUAAGCCGGAGAAUUUAAGCAAACAAUUAAAAGUGUAUGGAUUAGCGGGGGGCGACGAUCAGCUCGGUUUCGCGUCAUUUUUAAGAUUUUUAAGUAAAACAUUACAAAAGUUGCGUGAACAAUUUAAAACCGAAUCUGAUAAUUUAGACAGCCUUCUAAAUGAUGCAGAAGGUUCUCCAGAUAAAAUGAAAUUACUUGAGGUAACUUUGAUGCGCUUUAAGAGCCGUAUGCGUAAAUAUGAGAAACUCAAGAAUGAGCUUCGACGGGUUGAAAAAGAGGUAUUGCUUCUGAAAGUGGACACAUCAUCAAUUUUCCUUGAAGCAAAAAGUAUAGCUGAUAAAAUACGUCUCAGAUUAGAGAGGAAAGAUAUAACCCCCGAGGGUUUAAAUCGGCUGGUUGCAAGGUACAAUAAUUUCAUGGCGUCAAUACAGGACAACCUCGUGAAGUUAAAAAGCCACAGAAUAAAAUAUAGUAAAGAUUAUUUGGAGAGCAUGAUGGACACGCUUUCUACUGAAUAUUCGAUAAAUACAACCCUGUUACGUUUUGAGGCACAGAUGCGGAAACGGAAACUUGUUGAACUAAUUCGCAAUACAGAAGUGCUAAACAAUAUAAGUAAAGCCAAUGACAUUGCGUCGUUUAGCAGUAUAGAUAUAUCUAAAGAUGUCGCGCAGUUCCUAUCUAAUCAUAAAAGAGUAUGCAGAGAUGUUGACGAUGACGAUGAUGAUGACUGCUAG